ACUGCUCCUCUCAUGUACCCGUUCAUUUCCCCAAGGCUCCCCCAGCCCGUUUUGGUACGCUCCAGCCACGCCCCCUCGCGCACGCACUUGGUACGCGCCGGGAUCCCCCAUUCGCCGCAGUGGUUUGGCCGCGGCGACCCCUCCUCGGCGGCGCGUCCCCCGCGUUUGGUACAGCUCGGCCGGUCUACCCUGAAGCCGCGCGCUCGCACCUCUCAGUCGGUGGAGUCUGCAGCCUUCUGUGUGGCCCGCGGCAGCCUCCAGUCCGCUCAGCCCCUGCUCGCCAUGGUCCGUCCGCGCCGUGCCCCUCACCGCUCCGGCGCUGGGGGCCCCCUUGGGGGUCGCGGCCGACCCCCGCGGCCCCUAGUAGUGCGUGCGGUUCGCUCGCGCUCCUGGCCGGCCAGCCCCCGGGGCCUGCAGCCACCGCGGAUCCGGGCCCGCUCGGCCCCUCCCAUGGAAGGUGCUCGGGUCUUCGGUGCCCUUGGUCCUAUCAGCCCCUCCUCGCCUGGGCUAACCCUUGGGGGUCUGGCUGUGAGUGAGCAUCGGCUUAGUAACAAGCUGCUGGCCUGGAGUGGUGUCCUUGAGUGGCAGGAGAAGCGCAGACCCUUCUCUGACUCUACCGCGAAGCUGAAGCGGACCCUGCCCUGCCAGGCAUAUGUGAACCAAGGCGAGAACCUGGAGACUGACCAGUGGCCACAGAAGCUGAUCAUGCAGCUGAUACCGCAGCAAUUGCUGACUACACUGGGCCCCCUGUUCCGCAACUCCCAGCUGGCACAGUUCCACUUUACCAACAGAGACUGCGACUCACUCAAGGGGCUCUGCCGCAUCAUGGGCAAUGGCUUUGCGGGCUGCAUGCUCUUCCCCCACAUCUCCCCCUGCGAGGUACGUGUGCUCAUGCUGCUGUACUCAUCCAAGAAGAAGAUCUUCAUGGGUCUCAUCCCCUACGACCAGAGUGGCUUCGUCAAUGCCAUCCGGCAGGUCAUCACCACCCGCAAGCAGGCAGUGGGACCUGGUGGUGUCAAUGCAGGCCCAGUCCAGAUCGUCAACAACAAGUUCCUGGCAUGGAGUGGUGUCAUGGAGUGGCAGGAGCCCAGGCCUGAGCCCAACAGUCGGUCCAAAAGAUGGCUGCCAUCUCACGUCUACGUGAACCAAGGGGAGAUUCUGAGGACUGAGCAGUGGCCGAGGAAGCUGUACAUGCAGCUCAUCCCACAGCAGCUGCUGACCACCCUGGUACCACUGUUCCGGAAUUCCCGCCUGGUGCAGUUCCACUUCACCAAGGACCUGGAGACGCUGAAGAGCCUAUGCCGGAUCAUGGACAAUGGCUUUGCUGGCUGUGUGCACUUUUCCUAUAAGGCUUCAUGUGAGAUCCGCGUGCUCAUGCUCCUAUACUCCUCGGAGAAGAAGAUCUUCAUCGGCCUCAUCCCCCAUGACCAGAGCAACUUUGUCAACGGCAUCCGGCGCGUCAUUGCCAACCAGCAGCAGGUCCUACAGCGGAACCUGGAGCAGGAGCAGCAGCAGCGGGGGAUGGGGGGGUAGUGGCCACCCCCAAGGCUGGGCCCCUCCAGGAGUCACAGAUGAGGCCCCCGCAGAGACUGGUGAGUGGUGACCGUGUGGUGUGCAGGAUGGAUCCUUGGACAUGCUGGGGCUUUCAGGAAGAAGUAUGGUGACCCUGACCUUGGGAAGACCAGAGCAGUGGCCUCCUGGGAAGUUUCAGACCUACCCCCAGGCAGAGGACUCCCAGGGCACAGGGGGCUGUGCUUGGAGCCCUGGCCAUGUCCUCCCACUGUGUCCCCUGCUCUCAGGUGAGAUGCUUCUGAGCUGGGGCCCCUGGGGACUGCAAUUGCCCAGCAACACAGAAGACAGUGUCCUGACGUCUCCAAGGACAUUCCCCACCCCUGUAUGUUUCCCCAAUAAAAGCUUUUAAAAAUCUGC